GUGAAGUUCCCCGAAAAUCCUUGUUUUGUUUAAAAAUUAUUUUUUUCCGGGAGGUGUCGCUUUGAUAAGAGAAACAUGUAUUCCUUCCGCGCAGCUUGUCGGCUUCUGUCGUUGACGGCCCCCGCGCCGUUGCGCUCAACCCGAGCGAUUCCAUCCUUCACAUCUCGCGUAACCGUUCCUCUCCGAAUCUCACAGCCGCUUCUCCAGAGCCGCUGGAACAGCGACGAAGCCAAACCCCAAUCCGAGCCUGCCAGCACCGAUGCCCCGGCCGAGACUGAAUCCCAGACGGAAUCCCACGAUGGAGCCCCAUCAUUCCGGUUCGUCGGAGCGGAACGUCCCUCCGCAGAAAGUAUCAAUGAGGCCAUCGCUGCGAAGCGGAGAAAGCGCUCCCGGCUCCUGUCGACGCCUGCGGACCCGAAGGAGACGGUUUUCAUUGGGAAUCUCUUCUACGAUGUGACCGCCGAGGAUCUGCGCCAGACCAUGGAGAAAUACGGAACCGUCGAGCAGGCGAUUGUCGUGUUUGACAGCCGGGGACUCAGCAAAGGGUACGGCUAUGUGCAAUUCGAUUGUACCGAUACGGCUCACCGCGCCGUGGCCGCCAUGCAUCUGCGCCUCUACGAGGGACGUCGCGUUACCGUGCAAUUCGCCCAGAACAACCUGUACACCUACCGGGAGAAGAGGCCGCCGUCGAAGACCUUGUAUGUCGGGAACAUGCCGUUUGAGAUGACCGAUCGGGAUAUCAAUGAGUUGUUCAAGGAUGUGCAGAAUGUCAUUGAUGUGCGGGUCGCCGUGGAUCGUCACACCGGACACCCUCGGGGUUUCGUGCAUGCGGAGUUCAUCAGCGUUGCCAGUGCCCAGCAGGCCUUUGGCAUCUUGGAGAACAAGAUGCCGUAUGGGAGAAAGCUGCGCAUUGACUUCAGCGAGGGCACCAACCGGCGCGUGACUGAGCCGCUCGUCAGGGCUGCUAAAGCCAAUAACCCUGAGUAAGUAGUCUACCACGGCUGGCCUGGGUGAUAUCUUUCCGGUUUGGCAGAGGCUUUCGGGAGGGAAAAUUGUCAUGUAUUAUACCUGAACGAUUUCUUUUAUAGUUUUGUAUUCUAGAUAGACUAUUUAUCAUUAUUCCUCGGGGCCUUACACAAUAGAAUGCAUGGGAUGC